GUUGUUCGUCUUAAAUUUUUUGAUUUGAUUAAAUUAAUUAUUUGUCAUGCCAGUUUGUCAUACUAAUUUCUUUGUCGUAUAAGAGCUCUAAAUGUUUUUAAAACGAUACAUAAAAUCAUUACGAAGUUAGAUGCAUCGAUAACAUAAUUUGUCAAUUAAGUUUUUCGUGUUUCGUAAGUGUCCAAAUUAUGUGAUCACUUUCUCUGCGCCGACAGUGCUGUGUAUUGUGAUUGUGAAAUCAACAAUGGGAGACAAUAUGUUUUACUCUUUAGCAGUGAACGGUUCGAACGGGACUGUUGACGAGGGUUGCAUGCUGCUGAACACUUCGCAGAGUAUCAUAAUUACCGGAGCUUACAACGGCAUACCCCAGACCUUGAUCCUCAACGUCAUAUCGUGGACAUGUUUAAUUUUAUUAUUCACGGUUCUACGGCGCACUGCAUGGAACUACGGGCGUAUGGCGCUUGUACAGCGGUCAAGAACCAGGUGGACGAACUUGUUUUUCCGCGGCGGCGAUAAUGACGCUCUUGUAGAGAGGCGACGGAGCGCUGAAGAGUCCUUGAGUAUCGAUGAAGGCUUCUUUACUUGGUUACCAGCCGUGUUUCGGCUUACUCGUGAGCAGGUCCUCGCCAAGUGCGGCCCGGACGCCGUCCACUACCUCUCGUUUCAGAGGCAUGCGAUAACGCUCAUGUUCAUUGUCACAUUAGUCUCAAUAGGUAUAAUUUUACCAAUCAACUUCCAGGGAUCAAAUGAACAGAAUGCAAACACUUUCAGUCGUACAACUCUAUCCAAUAUAAAGGGAGAUUCGCCUUGGCUAUGGGUACAUACACUGAUGAGUAUAGUAUUCCUUCCAGUAUCAGUUCUUAUCAUGAGAAGAUGCACAGGCAGGAAACCAGUUCCAACCUCAAUGACGGGAACUAUUAUGAUCACAAACAUUUCGAGAGCUGAUAGAAAUCAGGCCACAAUAAAAGCAUAUUUCACACACAACUUCCCCCAUAUACAGAUUGUAGACCUACGCCUUGCGUACAACAUAAACAAGUUGAAUGAAGUACAAGAGAAAAAGGAAAUGGUGAGUGAAGCCUUAAUUUACACGGACACUUAUUUCAGGAAGACAGGAAAAAGGAUAACUGUGAAACCAACAUUAUGUGGACCAGAAGUGGAUGCUUUAGAAUAUUACACCAAUGAAGAAAAACGUCUUAAAGAUGAGGCUAAAAGGUGUAAAGCUAUGGUUCUCAAUGACCCAUUAGGCAUCGCUUUCUUAACACUACCUUCAUACCAGCUGGCUGAUCAUGUAAUAAACCAUUUUAGCUUGCACCGCGGUUGGGUUUUGACCCACGCCACAAACCCCUCUGAUAUUAUUUGGGAGAAUUUGUCUGUUCAACCUGGUAUAUGGUAUGUCAAAGCCAUUAUAAUCAACUUUUGCCUUUUUAUAGUGCUCUUCUUUUUGACAACACCUGCUUUUAUCGUGAAUCUUUUCAGAACACUAGUAGUUAAGCCUGAAAGCUUGAAUAAGAUCAGUACGUUGAUUUUUGAGUUUCUACCAACUUUACUCCUAUGGACCAUGGCAGCUGUAAUGCCAGCGAUUGUGGCAUUCUCUGAUAAGUUUCUUUCACACUGGACCAAAUCUCAACAGAACUAUUCAAUUAUGACAAAAACUACAUCAUAUCUAUUGCUUAUGACUCUUAUUCUUCCAUCAUUAGGACUUGCUAGUGUGGACGCUUUACUGCGGUGGACAUUGCACCACCAAAACGAUACAAUGCGUUGGGAUUGUGUAUUCCUCCCUGAUAAGGGUGCUUUCUUUGUAAACUAUGUGAUAACUUCAGGAUUUAUUGGAACCUCACUCGAGCUGAUACGUUUCCCAGAGUUGUUCCUUUAUGUUUGGUAUCUUUUGCAGUCUAAAUCGAAAGCAGAAAAAAGUUACAUAAAAAAGGCUAUAUUGUAUGAAUUCCCAUUUGGCGUUCACUAUGCAUGGAGUCUCGCUGUAUUUUCUAUAACUAUGGUUUACAGCCUGGCUUGCCCUCUCAUUGCGCCGUUUGGGCUUAUAUACUUUUGCAUGAAGCAUGUUGGUGAUAAACAUAAUUUGUAUUUUGCGUACGGGCCCUGUGAUAUGAGUGGGGUUGGUGGUGGUCGCAUUCACGCCACUGCAGUCCGAUUAAUUCGUUUUUCAGUGUUACUGUUGUUAGUCAAUAUGGCGGCAUGGGCCGGCCUAAGAGCCGGUUUCGAAGCUCGAACAAUCAUUUUAAUAAUGGCCUCCAUUGUUGCAUUUGGAACAUUUUUGUUACUUAGUCCAUUCCCCAGCUGCACACCUCCGGCGCCCUUGCAAACAGAGACGCCUGUUAGGUUCCCGGAGUAUGUAGCUCCAGUAUUAGCCAAACCCUUGGACACUUCGCCCACUUCGACACCUUCUACACCUGACUAUGGCGCGUCUUCACCAGUUGGUAACCUGUCAUAUAGCCCAGACCCGAUCAACAUAUAAAAUCUUCACCCUAAUAAGCUUAAUAAUUCCUGGUGAAUUCAUAUCACAUGAUAACGAAAAUAUCUUCGAUAUUGGUCGUGUUUUGUGAUACUGACUAAUGCAUAGAGUGUAUUUAUAGCAAUGUAAAUAAAUAAUGCAAUAUUUUUGUAUAUUAAUAUAGUCCUAGUCUAUUGAGGAUACUCUGGAAAGUCUUCGUUUCCUUAUAUCGUUUGCUUUCUGCACCGCACCAUCUUAAUACAAUAUUUUGUUGGGCACCAAAUAGGUGGUAGUGUAGCAACCUUAAAAUGAGGUUAAGCUAACAAAAUGUUGAAAUCAAAUUAUAGAUCAGGUUUUUAUGUUCCUGGUGAAAUUAAUCAAGUAAAACCAUUAAACAUAUUAUGUUUAGAGUUCAAACACACAGAGGGCAGAGACGUCAGUAACUUUAUCGCCAUUUUGCUGAUUAUAUUAGUAUAAUUUGUAUGUAAAAUAUUAUCUUUUUUAUUACUAGUUUAAUCAACGUAUUAAUUCAUUAUGGGAUGACUACUUCGCUUUGUAUUUUUCAGUAACAUGUAAAUCAAUUUGUUCAUUGUUAUCAUGAAACCUCUUUAGUUAUUGUUUUAAAGAUAGCUAUCAUUAAUUAGUUUAUUAGUUAGCCAGACAGUGUACGGCGACGUUACACUAACAUUUUUUACUAAGUACUUAAAUAUCUAUAGAAUUUAUAGAUAGAACAUCUGUUAUAAAAUAUCCUGACUUUAUUUCACCAGUAGGGCUAGCAUGGGCAGCAGAGAAAACAAUUUUCCCCGAUUAUAUCCACUGACAAGGGAUUUCCCCGUUGCCCACCUGCCAUGGUACGGCUACAGGGAAAAGGAGAAGUUUACUCCUUUUUAGUAUUACACUUAUAUUAUUUCCAACCGUGCGGCAGGCCGAUAAAAAUGUGGGAGAUGAUAAACAUUUUCUUCUUUCCCCAAGUAGUUAAUAACCAUACAAGAAGUUCACGGUUUCAUUCUCGCAAUUUUCGUGUGUCGUAAAUAAGGGACAGCCUGGACAGUGGAAAUGAUAUGUGCUACUUAAUUGUGCAAGGUUUCUAAUGCUACUUAAACCCCCAAGCUUACCAAGCCAUCUGAGAUUACAAAAAAUGAAUAAGGCGAUUAACUUGCUUGUUAGCACUUGCUCGUCAUUCGAUCAAAUGUUUUCUGCACUUUCCUAACACGAUUAUGCUGAUAUCACAAACUCCUGAAGAUGCUUCGAUGUCGGAGCGAAACGUGCGUAGAGAGUACAUUGCAGAAGAUCUGCUUAGCAUGGAGUAUAAAGAUUGAAGAAAUUGUAAAUUACACCGUACAGAUACUCCUGCUUUUCGCGGAGUGUUGCAAAUUAAACUCCUUAUUCAUUAUAUAUAAUGGGAUUCUGCAAAGUAACGCCUGCUUCUAUGCAAUAUAUUUGGCUGACAUCUACUUGCCAAGUGUUCGAUAAAAGUUUAUUGCACAAGCGUGUGGAUGUAGCAAAAGUUAUGUAGUUCUUCAGAUGGCAGCAACCCAUUCUAAGCUUCAACGAGAGUUUACAAUUAUCUAUUAUUUAUAUCAAUCGAUCAUACUAGUCUGUUUCGAACAAAACUCGAGCAACGCAUUUGUGGAAGGCACCCUAAUAUCAGAUAUUCGAAGCUAAAUAAACAUAAGGUUAUAUAAAGUGUCCUCGAAGGUAAAGUUUUAGUCGAUGCCAAUUAUUGAACCGUAUUUACUUUUCUUUUGUUCGAAUUUCCGUCAGUAUGAAACUUCAGCUCUGCCGUCCUUAAGUUAAUCGAAAUGGGAUUUUACAAUUCGUUGAACUUUAUGUUUUGGAGUCAUAGUAGCUGACUACCAUCACUUAAAACAGUAUUUUUUAUUAUUUUUUACACCCUUAUUUCAAAAAUAUAAUCCGUAUUUAAUUGACUUAAAGGUGUCACAUAAAUUUGUCGUUUUAUAAUAUGAAUUUACUACGAUCGCAGCAGUUAAAUUCACCGACAAGUAACAUUAAGCUAUAAAAACUCACCAGUUUUCUUCAAUUCAGCCUUUUUCUUAUUAAAAACAUGCAGCUGUUAUCUAAUCAAGAUGAAAUAACAAAAAAUUUACGUCAAAGAAAAACAAAAAUGUCGCUAUUUCUUAAUAAUAUUUAUUUUAAGUAUGUGUAUUUUACGUUGUUCUUAUAAAAAUUAUAAUCAAAGUGUAGUUUUACACUUAAACGAAAUAAACAUGCCUUUUAUUGCCUGAAUUAUAAGAUUUUUGUAAAUAGUUUUAUAUUGCAAUAUCUCUGGUAUAGUGGGACCAUUCAUAAUUAUUUUACGGCACAAAAAUAUUAUGAAUCCUGGCUUGCUCUGCCUCAAGGGAAAGCCUGGAAAAGUCAUUCAAAUGAACCUGUAUUAUUUAAUUGUUAUUAAAACCAAUGAAAUUAUACUUACACUAUAUUCGUUUACUCACUCUCCCUCUUUUACUUAAAUCAUGUGAAAGUAAAAGAUAAAUCUUGGUGCCCAGGGUCCUAUCUAUUCGAUAGCGUUAACUACAAUUUGCAUAGAAUCAAAAGAGUACCAUAUAGUUACAACACGGGGUAAUAGUAUUGGCACUAGAUUGUCCUCUUCUAAUAGCAAGACUCGGACAAUAAACUAUAAUUUAAAAUUAUUAAUGAUAAUACAGUGUAUCGUUGGUAUAUCUAAUGAAAUAAAUAAAAUAAAAUAAAAGACGUGAUAGAAAACCUCACUAGGCACUUUGAGGAGCUGUUCUGUUUAUCAGUUGACACCAAAUUAAGCAGCCACCGUGGAAAUUUUCUUUCAAAGAACGCCCAAACAUUAUAAAUUAUAAUUGUAUCUGCCAAUAGGAAAAAGAAUGCAAAAUAUAAAUAGCUAGCCAAAUUUGGUGUCAAAUGUAAUCAGGGCCCGUUGGUCCUGACUUCCAUUUUUUUAUACAUUCUACAUUUCUUUGUGCUCACUCGUCAUACACCUGAGAGUUGUCUUGUGUUAUGAGCUUGAAAAUUUCCUAGGGAAAAAAAAUAAUAAUACGGCAUCAGAUCGGUCAAAUCAGAGCAAACACUUCUAUUCGUAUACCAUAUUUGGUAGCUCUGUUAUUGUGAAUCAUGACCGCGACACGUUUGCUAAACCUUUGGAUUUGAUUGACAGUCCAGAUUUUACUAAAGUUAUUUAAAUAAUGGUUCCUGUAGAAUUUUAUUAAGGCGUUGCUUUGUGAAAUUCCUUAAAAUGUCCUGUUAAUAAAAUCCAAUGGAACUUUAUAUAAUGAAUUUAAUAAUAAACGAUUGUCUCGAAGAAUCACAUAAAUGAUACAGAUACAACGUGCGAUAGCUUAAUUUGGUUUUUUCGUAAAUAAUAACAAUAAUACUAGCUUUAUACCCAUUGUACAUUUAACUUGCGUUUUAUUUGUAUGAUGUGUUGAUUAUUUUGUAUGCAAUAAGUUAAAGCUUUUACAGUCACAGUGUGAUUUUUUUAGUACUAAAUGUGUUCAGCUUUACCAAAAUAAUAUUAAAAUAAGAUAAAAAUGCUUUCCUGAAAAAAAAAAAAAACGUUAAAAUCCUGUACGUCAACAUCGACAAGCAGUCUUUUUAACCUGACCAUGUCUUUCGAAUCAAAACAUAUUAAUCAAUUGCCACACCUAAUUUUUUAUAGGAUAAAUAUUUUUUUUAAAUCUGUAUGUAAAUAAACAGCUUUAUAUUUGUGAUUUUAAUGGCUGCCUUACUAGUUUUUGUACGCUUUAAUGAUUAUUAGUUUAAUAAACUUUUUUUUUUGUAAAUAAAGCUAGAAAGGAUAUUUACGUUAUUUAUGUAUAUUGCAGAUAUAUUUAAUUUUAUACAUAGAAUGUUUUGUUAUUACUUAAUCUUAUCACGAUCAACAUUGUAGUUUUAUCGCUAUAACAAAUAAAUGACAUCUUCAAUUA